AAGCUUUCAUAAAUCAAAACACCACAAUAUUCCACUACUUCCUCCCAAUUGUUCAUUGCUCGAUCAAGAAUUAUGUCUAGUCCCAAGCGUACUACUACUAACAGCAACAAAGCUUCCUCCCCCAAGAGCGCAUUCAAUGCAGCCAAAUUCAAGCCAUCUGGAGGCUUCACCAAGGGACGCAAAGACAGCCGCCAUCAUGCUCUAGUCGAGGGUCUCAGGCCUGGUGUUAUUACCAUGUAUUUCAAGAAACACAACUGCGACGAAGAACCGUACCUUGGUCCCGAUAUGAAGUGGAUGAAUGACCCCAGUAAUGCCGAAAAGAUGGACGACCUCGGCAUUCACGCUGUUUUAUACAGGAAAGGAGUUGAUGGUGAGACUUCUAUGCUACAGUCAGCUACGAGUGAAUACAGUUGGAGGCAACUCAUUUUUGUUGUAGGAGAGGAUAACAACACACCCACCACGCGUCUUGCUACGGCCGAGAAGGUGAUCAAAUUCUUGAACGGUCGCGCCAAUACUGAAAACUACAAGUAUCCCAAGAAGAUCAAGUUUCUCGAGGAUCUCUCGCGUGAUCACGUUGCUAAAAACCUCCGUCCUCUCAGUGCUGCACUCCUUGAUGAAGAUGUCUGCAUGCUCAUGCAGGCCGCCUAUCCGGACAAAGCCUUGAUGGAUCUUGUUGACUUUGCAGACGUCAUGGCUAAUUUCUGGGUUGAUCCAGCUGACGGAGCUACCGUGAUGGAGGCUUACAACAACAGUGGAAGUGCCGAUACUGACUCGCAGACCUCUUAAACUAUUUCUUGUUUAUGUACAAGUAUGAUUGGAAGAACCCAUACUAUGGAUGGGCCGAUACUGAAAGGAGCAUAUUUGUCGAUCUAACGAAAACUGGUGCCACCCAGACUUCUUGUAUUGCCCCGUAUAUCUUGAGCAGCCGGAACCCAUGACUCUUUUAUCUGAAAACAUGCAGAUACCUGGUGCCGGCAUGAUACACGAUCUUGUUCACGCAGAUUUCUUUUAUCUCCAAAUGAUGCCUGGUG